UUGUGUUCUAGCAGACAGUCUAGUUUCUAAAUCUAGUAGACUAGUAAUGAGUAGAUCUAGGCCUAAAAAUAAAAAUACGGAAUCAGAUCCGUCGUCAAUAUGUAUUACAAAAAUGUCACACAUUCUGUAUUUAAGUGGUUUCGUGGAUUUUUUAGGUGUGAGCAUGAUAAUGCCAUUGGUAUUACCUCAGGCUCGAGAACUUGGGGCCUCACCAACUUUAGCUGGAGCUAUAGGGUCUGUUUAUGGUGGUUUGCAAUUGUUUAGUAGCCCCAUUAUUGGCAAGUGGAGUGAUACAGUGAGUCGCCAGUUCAGUCUGGUUGUAUGUUUGCUCAUGUCAGGCCUGGGGUAUGCCAGCCUUGGAAUAUACUCAUCACUUGCAGUACUGUUUGUUGGUCGCCUUGUUUUAGGAUGUUUCAAACACAGCCAGACCAUCACAAAAGCUUUCCUGGCUGAUGUUCUACCCAAGGAAUCUCUUACUGGGGCACUAGGAUCAUUUAAUUCUUUUUCCAGCAUAGGUUUUAUACUUGGGCCAAUCAUUGGAGGCCAUUUAGCUGAGACCAGAGGUGGAUUUACCUUAGUUGCAUUUGUUGCAGGAGCUAUUUUUGUUUGCAAUGCUGUAUUGGUGUGGUGGGCAAUACCAACAAAUUUCUCUGCAAGCCAUCAUCAUUCCAGUUCUAAAAUGAUAAAAGAAGACAGUUCAACUUCAUUAAAAAAGCUGGGUUCGGAUGAAAUAGACUUCAGCUUUAGCAAGAUGGUGAAAUCAUUCAGAGAAUUUGAUUGGAUAGAGCUGUGGGAUUUGUUUCUUAUUAAAUUUUUAGCUGGAUUUUCUGUGAUAAUAUUUCGUACUAACUUCACUAUGGUGCUAAAACUAAAGUUUGAUGCCAGUCCUAAAACCCUAGGAUAUCUUACAUCAUAUUCUGGUGUGGUAGCCACCUUGUCUGGGUUUAUCCUCGGAAAAGUCACACAAAAGUACAAAAGCAACGCUAAGCUUUUUCUUCAUGUUACAGUGUUGCAAGUCAUUACCCUAAUGUGUUUGACGUGGUCAUCCUCACUUCACUUGUUGUUGAUUUUCUUAAUGCCCUUGAGUUUAGUUACAUGCAUAUCAAGAGUGAGUAGCACAACGCUCACAAUAUCUCGCUGUGGGGAUUCUGCUGUUGGUUCUAUAAUGGGCCUGAGCCAGAGCGUGAUGUCUAUUGCAAGGAUGAUUGCCCCAUUCAUUGCUGGAUUAGCCCAAGAGUUCAGCAUAGAUGGUGCAUCCUACAUAAGUAUACUAGCAGCUGCAUUUAGUGUAAUUUUAAUGCUUUUUCGCCCCCAGUGUCCUCAAGUAAGGAAAGAGAAACUUAGCUAGGUUGAAUACCCUUGUAGUGGCAUUGUUAUUACCUGUGUGUAAAGGUAAUGUGAUAAAGGUGGUUAAUUUUAUAAAAUAUCAACUUGAUUUAUUUCAUAAAGGUGUUGGAAUAAUACAUAAGUAUAUUAUUUUUGCGUGUUUUUUUUUAAAUUGUGUUGUUAAAAUAUAUUUUUUUAACAAUAAAAACCUGUUGUUUCAAUAGUUUGUAUAUGGUCCCUUUUACACUUGCUAUGUUUAACAUAAAUGUGCUAAGCUAUAUAACUACAAAGUUAAACCUAUCAACCACAAAAAAAUUUCACACAAUUUAAACAGAUUAAGCAGAUUUCGGACUAUUGCUAUUUUGAUUAAAUAAAGGUGGGAGGGUAUUUUUUUUAAAAGCUUUUUCUUAUGGCCAAACAUGUAACCUGACAUUUUGAUCAGUUCCUAAUAAAUAGAAUGUUAUUGAUGCUCCAACCUAAUAAAAAUUUCCCUCAUCAAUAAUGCAAGUUAUUUGGAUUUUUGUGAGGUGAACAUUAGGGAAGAAACUUAAUAACAAAUUUUUAAAUUACUAGAUAUUAAAGUAGUUGUUGCCUUAUAAAAUCUCAUGCAAUUUUUGGUCACAAAAUAUUUUAUCUUAAUUAAUAAUUGUAUUAGGGUACAUAAGUAUGAGGUAUAUUGGUGAGAUAAAUAGUAAUUCAAUAGACCACACAUUAUGUUGCAUGGAUCCAAGCU